UGUGGUCAGUUGGUAAUUUUAAUAUAUACCCAUCAGUUGUAUGAAGGCUAUCUCAUACAGUUCUUUCUGAGUUGUGAAGUACUCAUUCGUCAGAAAUACAUGAAAGUGAGGAGAACUCAUAUAUGCUAUUGAUGUAUGUUCAGGAGUGAAUCUGCAAUGAUAAAUUUCAACAACCUCAACUGCUGCAUCAGUAAUUAACUUUUCUUUUGGACAAAGCUCGUUGCUUAUGUUGAAAGUAAGGAAAGAUGUGAAGGAAAGGGAAGUGCUACAGUGUCUGAGGGGACUGUUGUCCACAGUAUGUACACUGUACAUUAAUAUCGGUAGCUAGUAUUCCUCAAUUUUGUGACUUGUUUACUUUUGCAAGGUUCCGUGAGUAACCAAACUCUGUGGUUUUUCAUGUGGGUGUUUGUAUUGCAUUGACUACCAGGUCAAGGGGCUUUAUUGUAUCGGGGAGGACGAUGAGAGGGAAGCUAACAUUGUGAUUAGGAUUAGCAACCCUCUGUUUUGAUUAAGGUUUAGUGUUUCUUGGAUGAAAAUGAUGGGUUUAUGUUUUGUUCAUAGAGGUCUAAAAUGAGGUGAAUUCUUCAUGUAUACAUGCCUGCUCAGAAUCUGCCUUUCCUAUGCCAUUCGGGUAAUGAGGAGAGCAUGAAUUAAGUGGGUCAAUCAGAGAUCCUGCAAAAUAGUGGUACCGUUUUUACUUAUAGCCGAAUUCUUCCAGAACAACCUGAUUGCUGUCCCGCUGAAUUUCAUUACAGUGGCAGUUGGCCAUUGAGAGGGUCAUAAGUACUUGGCAAAUAUGAGAACAGAAGUCAAGUGGGUCAAUCAGAGAUCCAUCAAAAUAACGGAUUUCUAUUGAUUUCUGAUGAGUUCCAGAGCUUUCUGAUUACAGUGGCAGUUGGGGUUUUUUAGAGGAAUCAUGAAAACCCAGGUUGUGGGUUUUUUUCCAUAAAUUUGACGUAACGAUCUAAUGGCGGAUUGGCCUGGGAAAGUGCCUGCAAUUUUGUAUCUCUUAGCUGAUUCUGUAGGACGGCUUGCUCAGCCAUGAAUUGUAUCGAAUAAACCGUGCAAUUUUUUCUUUUGGUGGAACUGUGUUGAGAAUGGCUAGAGGUGGAGAAAUGCCUGCCAGAGCUAUGUCUUUCAAAUGGAUUGGAUUCCUCUGUUGUACAAGUUUCUGCGUUGGAAUGGUUUUCACCAAUAGAAUGUGGAAUGUUCCAGAAGCAAAAGACGUAAUUAAAUUUAGCAGAGAGCUGGGAGAUCAUCUUAGACUUGUUUCUGAAGGAUGUAACCCCAAAUCAAAACCUAUAGACUCCAGACUAUAUAUGGGAGAAGUCUCCAAGUCGGAUCAAGCUAUUGAAACCCUUAGUAAGACAAUCACGAAUUUGGAAUCAGAAUUAGCAGAAGCAAGAGCUGCACAAGCAUCUCUACUGAGUGGUGCUCCAAUUUCACAAAAUCCCAUUGUUGUUGACACUGAAAAACGACCAAAAGCUUUUGUAAUUGUUGGAAUCAAUACUGCUUUCAGUAGCAGAAAGCGCCGGGAUUCAGUCCGCUCAACAUGGAUGCCACGGGGUGAAAGACGAAAGAAGAUGGAGGAGAAAGGCAUCAUUGUCCGUUUUGUCAUAGGCCACAGUGCUACAACAGGUGGCAUCCUCGACAGAGCCAUUGAAGCUGAAGGCAUGCAACACCAGGAUUUCAUGAGAUUGGAGCAUGUUGAAGGGUAUCAUGAGUUGUCUGCCAAAACCAAGAGCUACUUUUCUACUGCUUAUGCCAAUUGGGACGCAGAUUUCUAUAUAAAGGUUGAUGAUGAUGUCCAUGUAAAUCUAGGAAUGCUUGCAAAAACACUUGCAAAACAUCGAUCUAAGCCUCGAGUAUAUGCUGGAUGUAUGAAGUCUGGUCCUGUACUAGCACAGAAAGGAGUAAGGUAUCAUGAGCCAGAAUACUGGAAAUUUGGUGAAGUGGGAAACAAAUACUUUAGACAUGCGACAGGUCAACUUUAUGCAAUCUCAAAGGAUUUGGCUCAAUAUAUAUAUCAAAAUCACCAAAUAUUGCAUAAGUUCGCAAAUGAGGAUGUUUCCCUGGGAUCCUGGUUUAUAGGGUUGGAUGUUAAACACAUCGAUGAUCGUAGAAUGUGUUGUGGAACACCUCCAGAUUGUGAAUGGAAGGCACAGUCAGGUAAUGCAUGUGUUGCUUCAUUUGAUUGGAGUUGCAGUGGCAUCUGCAAGUCUGCAGAGAGGAUUAAGGAGGUGCAUCGUCGCUGUGGGGAAGACAAAAAUGUUGUAUGGAAUGCAGCUUUUUAAGUUAAUCUCAUUUGCCAAAGCAGUUCAGCAUAUUCAUAUGUGUAAGACUUAAGAGGCAUGUACGGGGGUGACUGAAUAAUCAGAAAGGCAGAUCCAUGUUAGUCGAGACUACUAAUGACAAAAUUUCUCCAAUCUCAGAGUAUAGAUAGUAAGAUUCAUUUGUUACCUAUGUUUGUCCUAUAACUGCAACUCAGGUUAGUUUUGGUUUCAGUCUGAGAAGGGUAAUUAUUCUCACAAGGCAAGGUUUUAUACGGUGGAAAUAACCAUCAGCAACUAUACUAUGGUUCCUCCUUUGGUAGCAAGUUAUGGAACUAAUGCUGAUCUUUGUCUUUGGAAGGAUGUAGUAGUUUCCCAGCAAUUGCCUUGAUUGCUCAAACUAACAUACUAACAGUAAUAUUCACAUAUCAUGCUUGUGUUGCAUUGAUGUGGGUGCGUGAUGCCACAUCUCUUACAACAUAUAAAUCUUUGUAAACUUCUAGAGCAGAAGUCAAAAAUUCAUAUUUUAUUAAAGAUGGGGUUCUCAUUGUCUGGCACUAACAGUAUGCCACACAUCACGAUGCCUCAGUCUGCUACAUAUGUAAUAUUAAUCCUAAAGGAAAUUUUUAUGUUCCACUUAGGAUUUCUGCAGGAUAAAGAUUUUUAUUCAAAUUUCAUA